UGAUUGAUUGAGAUUGGACAUUUUGGAUUACUUUUGGAUAUUGAAUUUUCCUGACCCAUAUGCCAUAUGGGUGUAACAAAGAAUUGAAAGAAUAGUUGUCUUAGUUCUCCUCAUUGGUUUUGAGAGCAUGAGGUGAGGCAGGUAAACAAAACAGAAAACAUCUGGAUUUCUGGAACCCUAGUACUGGAACUUCAAAAGAAUCGAAGGUGUAAAAUUAAUAAUUCACAUUAACGAAACUAUGAAAUGGUAAAAAUGUCCAGAUUCAAUAAUUACAGGCUAUUAUUUCUAAUGAUUAUUGUUAUAUGUCUGGCUGAUUCAAAAAAUGUAACAAAUCAUUUUAAUGGGACAAGUCCUCAGACAAGCCUACAUUUAUCCCAAUCUAUGUCUAUUCCUACUCAUGAUGCAAAUUUACCUGAAGAAAAAUUGCCACAACACAAGGGACGUGAACAUGUACAAUACCUCAGUGAUUCCAAAGUUGCUAAAUCAACAACUAAUAAGCCUGAAGAGCCCCAAAAAAUAGAGCAUAUUAUCACUACCAUUGAAGGAAGCAAUUCUGUGAGUGAGCCAGGUGUCCUAUUACUACAUAAAAACAGAACAUCUUCACAAGUUACUGCUAAUAUCACUGUUACAAAAAAUGUAACUCAAGUGAAAAUUCAUAGCACUACUAAUAAACCAAGUACAAAGCCUACUAAAGUGAAACCUCAUAAGCCAAUAAAAACUGUACAUGAUGACAUGCCUGCCUCAACUGGAGAAAAGCCAGAAAUGCUUAAAGCUGAUAUUUCUAAUAUUGAUGACUCUCUUAAUAAGAAAUCUAAGAGAGCAAACUAUAUAAUACCAAUUGUAGCAGUUAUUUUAUCUGUACCACUUGUAACCAUCAUCAUUUCUGUUCUUUAUAAACGUGGUAAAGACUGGUGGCAGCAUAGAAAUUAUAGAAGGAUGGAUUAUUUGAUAGAAGGCAUGUAUAACAGUUGAUUUUCUUUUUGUAUAUUCAAGUACAAGGUGCCUUAUUUUGGAUGCAAUAAUCAUGUGAUAUCAAUAAUAAUUUGUUAUAUUAUAUUUUUAUAUGCUGGAUAUUGUAAUAUUAAAAUAUUACAUUCAUCAAAGA